UGUCCAAUUCAUCCUGUCCUUUCGCCCAUUGUCCACUAACGCCGGCACUACACUCCGGUUCACUGGAUCACCAGCAAUGUGCUGCCAACACUGAAUUGAACAUCCUCUUGGUCACGCACAAACCAGCGGGGUGCUCGAAAAUUUCAAAAACCACUGCAAUCAUGGCUGAUAUCGUCCCGAUGGAUGAGCUCGACGAGGACACCGUCACCCAGGCAACGUCCGUGCUCUCAUGGUACGAGAGUCAGGUUCGUGCGCGGCGGGUUGAUAUCGUAGGCGAUUUUGCCGGCAAGGAGCUUUUCCUGAUUGAGGGAGACUCGGUCCUCCUAAAUAGCUUCAGUGACCCGAAGCUAGAUUUUGAAGAUGGCUUCCAAAUGCUCCACGCGGCAUACGCCGUAGAAGCCUUUCUACGCGGAUUAGUAACUCGAAAAUGCAAUUUCCACAUCGUUUUCUUUGAACAGAACCAUGAACUAUGCAUACCUCCUGGCUGUUCGGAAACUAGUCGCGAGAAGUUUCUUCUCGCUCGGGCAACCAUCAUCCGGCAUCUCAUGGUCAACCUGAAGGAGACAUGUCCUAACAUCGAGGUCCAUCUGUUCGAUUCCUUCCACGGCGCCAAUUUCAGCGAGUAUCUGGAGGCUACCGACUUGUACUUUGUGCUUUGCCACGAUGGAGCUUCCCCCUUUGUGACUAAGCAAAAGGCUCUCCGAAGCGCUCACAAGAUUAAAGACCGCGGAAAGGAUGAGCCAGGUGACAUCGAACAUGUGCACAGCAAGACAAUGCUUCGAUCAAUGAUAUUCUGGUUCAUCAAGAAGGGUUACAAUGCCGCUCUCAUCAACGGCUUAGAGUGGCGAGACACAAAGGUCAUCACAGCGAUCAUCGAAGGAUUCAAGCACAAGAUGCCAGAAAGCCUCUCCAUACCGUUGGUUGAUUCCAGUGGCCUGACGCCAAACACCCACGACAUGACAGCAGACAAAGAGGCUCUCGCUAAGAUCACCAAGAAGUACGGAGACGAAUUUGACGAGCGAGAUUACCUAGCUGUCCUGAUAACCAGCAAGAUGCUAACUACCGACGACAAGCUCUCCGACGUAGCUACAGCAUUCCUACUGCAUGUUUCUCUCCUCGCCCAAAGCCCCUUGUCUGAACGCCGGGUUAAGCAAAUCGACCCGAGUGAAGCUUCCAUCACGUUCUUGACAGAGUUCUGCCGUCAAGCGAGAUUAGUGUUAGGGUCGGACUUUUGGCAAUACCAGGAAGAGUCUUUCGGCGACGAAUGUAACGUUGCGGAUCUCGUUGAUGGCAGAAUUUUCAAUGCGUGUCUACUAAGUGGGAGCAUCGAAAAUGUACCGAGACUAGCGAAACUCCUCGAUGCCGUCGAAUCAAUCUAUGGCAUAAAGCUGUCGGUCAAGGCCUCGAAGGCCAGUCCCAACGGAAAUGCAUCGAUGUCCAACGGCCAGCCGACAGAGAGUACCAAGCCAUGGGCCGUUUUACCUUUCACGAACCCAGUCUUUGAUGCGCAUCUAUCUGCCAUCCACCUGGUGACCGAGAGGGCUACGGGAUCAAGUUACAACAGCACCUCUGCAAAAAUAUUCCGAGAAAUGACCCAUUGGCACAAUAGCAAGAGGCCGAUAGAUCCUAAGCUCACCCCAGAACAAGAGCUACGCAAUAAGAAGAAAGCUCUCUUCGUUGCUAAACGCAAUCAAUGGUUCAUGGCUGAAAUGAUGGCUUACGCAGCCAGUUUGACCAAUGCUGUAGGAAAGAUUCUAGAUCCUGAAAUCAUCACGACGGGCCCAAAAUCCAAGUCUGUACCCGCAGUCGUUGCGGACAGCACGAAUGCAAAGCAAUCUGGAAAGCAGGCACCGAAGCAAGCCUCGAACCAGAACCCGAAGAAUGCGAAGAAAGGAGGGAAAGCGAAGGGUGGCAAGCAAGCUAUCAUGGAUGAAAUUGCUGCGGCAAGGAGUAAGAAAGAAGAAGGUACCUCGGAAAAGCUGAUUCAAGGCUGGAAGACAACGUGUAAGGCCUUCGAAGCGGAAGCAACCCCAGUUGCGCGAUUCCAAAAAGCGAAACAUUACCUAUCCACAUUGAACACGGAUAUUAAGCGCUCAGUUCUUAGCGCCGAAGUCCAAGUGUACAUGCUCAACACAUUGUUGGAUAUGUGGAUCACGGUGGCCAAAGAGAAUCGGAAGAAGGAAUCACUUCCUGUUGCGGCGAUGAUAUUCCACGCUGUUACGAAGCUCUCAACUACGUCGACCGGAAUUACCAAAACUAUUUCGAACUAUCUGAAGCUUGUUAUAAAGUCUUUGGCAUUACCCCAGGUCGAUCUGCCACCCCUAGAAGGCGACAGAAAUUUAGCUUUCAGCCUUGUUCUCAACGAUACUGUCACACUGGAUCUGUCAAUUCCAGUCUCGCCACAAGACUUCCAGCUUCUGCACUACGGGCCGUACUUCGAUCGAAGCAUCGAUUCAGCACCCGAUCCCAGAGUACCUUUCGAACCUGACGGGUGGCAGAGAAAGGUUCUUGAUGAGAUUGAUGCUCGCCGUAGUCUCUUGGUGGUGGCUCCGACUUCGGCUGGUAAAACUUUCAUCUCCUUCUACGCCAUGAAACAAGUUCUGGAGUCAAAUGAUGACGACGUACUUGUUUACGUUGCUCCCACUAAAGCUCUAGUAAAUCAAAUUGCCGCUGAAGUCCAGGCACGGUUCUCGAAGUCAUUCAAGUAUCCAGGAAAAUCGGUGUGGGGUAUACACACCCGCGAUUACCGAAUCAAUAACCCAACCGGCUGCCAGAUAUUGGUCACAGUGCCCCAUAUUCUCCAAAUCAUGCUCCUCGCACCGAGCAACGCGAACGGAUGGUCAAAGAGGGUCAAGCGAAUCAUCUUUGAUGAAGUUCAUUGCAUUGGUCAAGCCGAGGAUGGUAUCGUUUGGGAACAGCUGUUGCUGCUAGCACCAUGCCCUAUCAUCGCCCUCUCUGCAACAAUCGGCAAUCCGAAGGAAUUCAAUGAAUGGCUCUUGUCGACGCAGAAAGCACUCGGUAAUGACCUUACCAUGGUCUCACAUCCUCACAGAUACUCAGAUCUUCGCAAAUUCGUUUAUACGCCACCAAAGACCUUCAACUUCCAAAGCUUGACAGACAAACCUGUAUUUGGGCAUUUGGGUCUCGAUGAAGCUCCAGGAUUCACCUUCAUGCAUCCGAUCGCAAGUCUGGUGAACAAAUCACGGGGCAUGCCCGAGGACCUCAGUUUCGAGGCUCGUGAUUGUCUAACCCUCUGGACAUCGAUGAAUCGCCAGGCGAAUGAGAAGUAUCCCUUGGAUAAGUCUUUAUCGCCAUCGAAUAUGAUGCCGCGGCUUAUUAAGAAGCUCGAUAUCAUCAAAUGGGAGCAAGGUCUCAAGAAGGUGUUGCGGGGCUGGCUUACUGACAGUGCCUCUCCCUUUGAUGCUGUAAUGAAGGACCUAGGAGAUUCAUUCCACUCUACGGGCCUUGUACAGCAUGCAACCGCUGGAAACGAAUCAGGAACGCCGGUAGACCCCUUCAACAUCAAGUCAACGACUUUGCCCUUGCUUGUGGCUCUACAGGAGCAAGAUGCUUUACCUGCAAUCUUCUUCAACUAUGACAGAGCACAGUGUGAGAGCAUUUGUAGACACGUCCUCGACCAGCUAAAGGCCGCCGAAGAUAAAUGGAAAGAAUCUAGUCCUAAGUGGAAGAAAAAGCUCGCUGACUGGGACGCUUGGAAGAAGAGCAUGGCCAAGAUAGGCAAGAAGGGUGUUCCUAAGCUAUCGAAAAAGAGAGAUGUGGAAGAGGGAGUCUCCAAAGAAGAUCUGAUGAAAGAUGCUGCAAGUGCAGACGUUAGUCCUUGGGCCUCUUUUGAGCCUGAUAACCCUGUAGAAGGGUAUACUUUCGCAGACAACAAAAAGAUCUUACCCUCCGAGCUAGGAAUCUACAUGCGCCAGCUCUUCAUCCGCGACCUACCGGAAUGGCAGUCGGAGUCGUUAAAGCGGGGCAUUGGCGUUCAUCACGCUGGUAUGAACAGGAAAUAUCGACAAGUUGUAGAAAUGCUCUUCCGAAAGGGCUACCUUCGCGUCAUUAUUGCCACUGGCACUUUGGCGCUUGGUAUCAACAUGCCUUGCAAGACUGUGGUCUUCUCCGGAGACUCUGUGUUCCUCACAGCACUCAAUUUCCGCCAAGCAGCUGGUCGUGCUGGACGUCGUGGGUUCGAUAUGCUCGGUAACGUUGUGUUCCAAAAUAUCCCGACGAGCAAGAUAUGCAGGCUGGUCAGCUCGAAGCUUCCUGACCUGAACGGACAUUUCCCAAUCACCACAACUCUGGUCCUCCGCCUGUUCUCCUUGCUACACGAAUCAAAGAACUCUCAAUUCGCCGUGAGAUCUAUCAACUCUCUACUUUCACAACCACGAUUGUAUCUCGGAGGAGAGGAAUCCAAGAUGACAGUACUCCAUCAUCUUCGCUUCUCUAUCGAAUACCUUCGUCGCCAAUUUCUUCUAGAUGCCGCUGGUGCCCCGCUGAACUUUGCGGGCUGCGUCUCACAUCUAUACUUCACCGAGAACUCUGCGUUCGCCUUCCAUGCCCUGCUGAAGGAGGGCUACUUCCAUGCCAUUUGUAAAGACAUCGAGACCAACCCAGAAGAAGUACUGCGUACUAUAAUGCUCACCAUGUCGCACAUAUUCGGACGGCAGUACUGUCGACAAGUCGAUGCAGAGUUCAUCGAAGACGUCGUUAAGCGCUCUUCUUCUGUCGUCUUCUUACCUGCAAUGCCACAGCUUGCCUCCAGUAUCCUGCGAACUCAAAAUGCCCAAACCCUGGACAUCUUCACAGCAUACGUACGCACAUUCGUGGAUCAGAACAUCAAGGAGCCAGAUUGCUUUUUACCACUUACGCAGAUGCAAGCCGGAGCUAAGCCAGGUGUUUCGAAGAACCCCUUGCCUCAUCUACCUGCUACGAACGUACGUUCCUCGUUUGUAGCGCUUUCUGGACACGGAGAUGAAUUCGAGGAUAUCCAUGACCUUUGCGCGUCCACACGGAGUGGGGUCUUCCUAGAGGAGGCAGUGAUUCCUUACGUCGGCCUCUACCCCGAUGAGCUGGACAUUCCAUUGAACGCCUACUUGUACGACUUUUUCCAGAAUGGCGAUGUGAACGCCGUGGUCACUGCAAACGGCAUCCGGAGAGGCGAUAUCUGGUUCUUUCUCAAUGAUUUCAGUCUUGUGUUAGCGACUAUUGUUACCAGCUUCUCCAACUACAUGAAGCUAUCCGCGGAUUCGGACGUCGACCUUGCCACUGUUAUGGGCGGUGGUGAUGCCGCUGAAGAAAAUAAGGAGGAGCGCGCGAUGACACCUGAUCAGUCAGGGAAUGCGGCGGCUCUGGGAAUACGUGGUGGCGCAGGUGGUGGAAGGUCUGACGCUCAAGGCUCUGGUGGUGCUACUCCUAUUGUCCUGCCAACCCGCAGCAAGAAGAAGGUCGUUGAUUCGUGGGAUACGGCGGAGGAUGCGGAAGCUGCUGCUGAUGCAGAUGCUGUUGGUAGCGACUGGGACGACGGAGACGAUGAGUCUGAUGGCGAUUCGCCGGCAUGGGAGGAUCAAAGCCUGCUAAAGGUCUUGAAGGCUUUCCAGAUGCUGAAGAAAGACUUCGAUGCGAAGUUCAGGGUCAUGUGGGCUUAGGUGUCGAUAUUGUCGAGACGGUAGAGAUUGUUUGUGAUGGGGGGACAUUAGUUUGGACGGACCAAGGUUUGUUCAUGGUAUUGGUAGCAUGAAAAGUGUUGUGAUGGGGACUCUGACACGAAGUUCACGGUUAGAGUUUGGGUAACGAUUAUGAUGACUUCCGGUACUGUGUUAUAGACCAUGAGAAAAUGAAUCAAUGCUGUGUUCUAAGAAAAAUUAGGGCAUAGCUUUUCAAUGAAGCCACCUGGGCCACCAGGAAAGAAAUUGAUUGGCCG